AUAAUCAGUCCUAGAUUGUAUGUCUGAAAGUAUGUUUCGGCCAACGAUAAGUAAUAUGGUUGUGUAUAAGCUGAAACAAAGGCUACAACAUGUGUGUGAUAUGAGCAACUUGCACGGCAUUAAACACAUUUGUUCCUCAUCAUACAUAUCUUGGCCUAAAAGAAUUUUUUGGCUUGCAAUAGUAUCGGCGUGUUGCUUUGGGGCUUGGUCCGUCCUUAGAUCAUCAUUACGUUUGCUAAGUUCCGAUGUAAUGUCAUAUUCUGUGGACACAAAUUACUUGGAUUGGGAUACACCAUACCCCGCUGUAACGGUAUGCGAACAGCUUGACACAAAUCGCAUAAUGACGUAUUUAAACAGAAACGACCUCCCGAAUUCCCUAUCAACAUUUUACAAGGAAGUAACAUUCUGGAAUAUGAAGUACUGUCGAACGUGUACAAAAUGCGAUAUGAAUAAGACGUGUGUUGAGGGAUUUGUAGAUGAUAUUAAGAGGAUUAGACUGAAUUGUUCCAACCUGCUUUCAGACUGUUGGUGGGAUAACCAAUAUUUUCCGUGUUGUGACAGAUUUCAACCGGUAGAAACGGAAUACGGAGAGUGUUUUAGCUUUAAUUCUGUACUGAAUGAGAACACCGCUCUGACAGUUAAUAAGGAAACUGGGACACCAUGUUUGAUUUUUACCACUGUUGAUGCUAGUAUGAUAAGAAUACACGCGUCCGAUGAAAUUGUUUCCGUUGAUAUGGAAAAUAUUUUAGGACGGACGAGCAUUUUGCCCCUACUCGCGAAUCUAGAAGCGAUAUUGAAAGUAGAACAGACAGUAAACGACGCAUCUGUAAGAUCCGUAACAAAAAAGUUACGCAGUUGUUUGUUCAAGAACGAAAAGCCUUUAUAUGUCGAGAGAUGGCCUUUUAAACUUUAUACAUAUAGUGCAUGUAAGCUUUACUGCAAGGCCCAGAGUCAGUACAAUUAUUGUAAUUGUACUCAUCACUUUCUAUCUAAUCUAGUUAACUUACCUGCCUGCAAUGUAACAGGAUUGGCCUGCUUAAGUAAUAACAAAGAUGAGAUUGGAAAGUUCAACUGUAGUUGUCCCAUGGGAUGUGAUGAGACAUCAUACAAAGUGACGCACGUAUUUUACAAUCGUUCCAGUAAAGCAGAGAAUGUCGUGCGUUCUUCUCGUAGUGUAGUUAGAUUUGGUCAGCUUCCCACCAUGAGAGUCAGACGAUUUGCUAUACGAGACAAUCUGGGACUUGUUGUGGACAUCGGCGGCGUUGGAGGUGUUUUUUUCGGCGCUUCACUACUUAGUCUUAUUGAAUUUAUUUACUUAUUUUGUAUACGGCGGUAAUCUCAUAUUAUAGUUAUGUUAAUCAUUAUAAAUGAGCACUUGGAACUUUUAAAAAGAUGUAGUACUUUCUGUACCUGAUAUAGUAAAAUUGAUAGUAGUUAUAUUCAAUCAUAUAUUGUAUCUUAUCUUUGCAAUUUGUUGUUUUAUUACUUUUUGUGAUUCUAGGUAUUUUAUUUUUUCAACAGAAUACAAUUAUAUAAUUUUAUUAAUAGUGACAUCGAAUUGCAACGCGUCUCAAUUUAUUUUCGUCGCCCUGCAGCAAAGAAAUAAAAUAGUAUAUAUCAAGGCCUACUCAUUAUUUCACCAUCAUAAAAUAGGUAGUAAAACGUAUCUUUAACAUUAUUUUUAAUCAAAAUGUACUAGUAUUUCUAACAAAAGAAUCUUCACCUUGUAUAGCUGGUACAUAUAACGAAAAAAUAUUGUGAAACUAAAAUAUUGCAAUAAAUGUUAAAACUCGUCCCUCAACCACAGGACCCUUAAUGGUUGCAAUUUUAUCUUAACAUCUUGUCAUGCUGAUAAUAUGUUGUGCGAGACACGCUCCGGUGUCACCAGUACUGUCUACCAAAUUAUUUAAAUUGUUAUUUAGCUUUUACCGUGCCCGGGAUUACUUCUAUGAAAACAAAAAUUCAUAUA